AUGCCUUAUUCACCACCAUCGGAAUAUGAAGCCGGCAAAGACCAUAACCACCACCUGCCGCCACCGUCACCGCAAUCAAAGGUUGGCCAACGGAAGCCCGGUGGAUGGAAGUCCAUGCCUUACGUACUAGGAAUGGAGUCAUUCGAGAGAUUGGCAACUAUCGGGUUGCUAGCAAACUUUACAGUGUUUCUAAUGACGGUUUUUCAUAUGACACAAGUAUCGUCAUCGUAUUUGAUAAAUAUUUGGUCUGGAGUCGGCAACUUUACCCCUCUAGUAGGUGCCUACAUAUCUGAUGCUUAUGUCGGAAAAUUUCGGGUUAUUGCAUUCUCUUCAUUUGCGUCUCUUCUCGGAAUGAUGACCAUGACCCUAAUCGUGGCAAUCCCAGCCUUGCACCCACCAUCAUGCACCCCUCAACAAACCCACCUGAACCAGUGCCAGGGUCCAACCACCCUCCACAUGGGUGUCUUGAUCCUAGCCUUAGGGUUCUUAUCCAUUGGGUCAGGUGGGAUCAGACCAUGCAGCCUCCCCUUUGGUGUGGACCAAUUUGACCCAACCACUGAUGAAGGUAGAAAAGGCAUCAAUAGUUUCUUCAAUUGGUACUACACCACUUUCACCAUCAUUUUGCUCAUUGCCCUAACCCUUGUGGUCUAUAUCCAAGACUCAGUGAGUUGGGUUUGGGGGUUUGCCAUCCCAACCAUUCUCAUGGUCUGCUCCAUUGUGUUGUACUUUGUGGGUACUAAGUUGUACGUGUACGUCAAACCCGAAGGAAGCGUUUUUACCGGAAUCUUUCAAGCGUUUGUCGUUGCUUAUAAGAAGCGAAAACUUAAGGUUCCUGACGCUAAUGAGAUUGUGAUCGAUGUGAAAUUUUACGACCCUCCGUUGAAGGGAACGUACGAUAUCCCGAAGCUUCCGUUAACCGAUAAUUUCAGGUUUCUGAACAAAGCUGCGGUUAUAUUAAACGGCGAAAUUACUUCGGAUGGCUCUCGAGUUAACCCGUGGAAGUUAGCGAGCAUACAACAAAUCGAAGAAGUAAAAUGCAUACUAAAAGUUAUUCCCGUUUUAGUUUCCGGAAUCAUUUGUUUUAUCGCGAUAGCACAACAAGGGACUUUCACGAUAUCGCAAGCCCUAAAAAUGGAUCGACACCUCGGUCCUCAUUUUCAAAUCCCACCCGGCUCACUUGCGGUCUUUUCCAUGAUCACCAUCGGGAUAUGGCUCCCAUUUUACGACCGUAUCCUCGUUCCAUCGCUUCGAAAAAUCACGAAAAUCGAGACCGGCAUCACACUACUCCAAAGAAUCGGGAUCGGCGUCGUUUUCUCGAUUUUAUCAAUGGUCGUGGCCGCAAUGGUCGAGAAAAUGAGACGUGAGUCGGCCGUGCACCACAACCAAAGCGCACCCUUAUCGGUCAUGUGGCUGGUCCCACAACUGGUCCUAAUGGGAUUCGCUGAGGCAUUCAAUAUUAUUGGUCAGAUCGAAUUUUAUUACAAAGAAUUCCCUGAAAACAUGAAAAGUUUUGCGAAUUCGAUGUUUUUCGUGACCGUGGGCAUGGCUAAUUACUUCAGUAGUGCAUUGGUGAUGGUCGUGCAUAAGGUCACGGGGAAAAAUGGUCGACCCGAUUGGUUAACGGCAAACAUUGAUGCAGGGAGAGUUGAUUACUUUUAUUACGUGAUCGCUGGUCUCGGAGUCGUUAACAUGAUUUAUUUUCUAAUAGUCGCUUCUCGAUACGAAUAUAAAAGCAAGAUGGAAAUCAGCGAAGACGAGUCCCGGUUUGAUGUCGAGUUAAACAACAUCAAGAUAUGA